ACCCCCCGUUGUUUUGUAUCAAGAAAAUGCAAUGGCCGCCAUCUUCGACUCUUGUGAAUGUUUUGGUCGUAGUUUCGGACUUUGAGGCCUUUUUCAUUUGUGCUAUGAAAAUACAGGGUAGAAAUAGUUUCGCUACAUCAUAAGAAUAUUGAAUUCGUUAACGUACAGUCAAAUAAAAUAACUUGGGAGGCCGGGCGCUCUCCUAAUCAUCAUCUCGGGGUUCAACCCAAGAUGCUAUUCUCAGCAUGUCGGCGACAUCAGAAUAUGAGCCAGCGGUCCGGCAAGAUUAUGGGCCGACCACCUCCAGUGAAAAUAUAUAUGAGCACGUUUUGGAUCAUAAAUUAACGAAUACUAUGGAUAUAUCAAGUGUAAGAACACCUUUACUAAGGAGUGUUCCCCUCUCACCCACCCAGGGUGACCCUGAGCCUGAUUCUACUAACCCAGAGAGCAUCAUUCAAUCUGUUCACAAAGUAGACAGCAAAGAUAUUGAAUAUAUAAAUGAGAAGAGAUGUGACACAGAGAUGUCAGUUGAUUCCCUUUCUAGAAUAGUUAGGAUUGAAGAAACCACUGUUGAUAAUGUAGGACGUGUAGCCUACCCUAUUGUACAAGAAGCUGACGAUUCCGGAGAUGGCAACUAUGUAGAGAAUACCGCGGCUCUCAUUCAAGCGCCGUUGAACACGUCAAUCGUUCAAAGCGUCGCGAAACUCCCGCAAAACUUCACAAUUAACGUCGAUGCGGCUGUAGGUAAUAUCACAGCCAUACAGAAUGUAUCACAGGAUGUAGGCAACCAAACGUUAUGGUUGCCGACCAUAUUAGCUACUAGUGCAGCUGCUGAUGGUAAAAAUGAAGAUGACCGACCUCCUUCAGGUGUGUCGCAGAUUAUAAUCACUAGCGAAAGUUACGUCAACGACGCAAUCUCGUCAAAUCGCAGAACUAACAUCAUUACAGAGACCAGCUACUUAAGCCGUCCUAAAUCUUCGAAAGUUCAGAUAUUGAGUAACAUAUCUCUACCUAAAAAUUCAAAUUACCCUCAACAGUACAUCACUCAGAGUAAAGAGAUUGCUGCACCAUUAUAUGGAACACAGAAUCAUGUGUACAAAUUGAGUGCGAAUGUUGUAUCACAGAAGCAGUUGAACAGUACGAUGUUGAGCACAAAGCCGCCUAAGAACCAGUCCCUGAUAGGUGCCGCGUCACUGUCGCCCACAGUUAUAAAUAACACUUCAAUGAAGAGUAUGCCAUAUGGACACACAUACUCCAAAAGCACAAACUUAAAUAAGCUCAAUAAUGGUGCCAACUUAAAUGCUAUGGUUGCUGCGUCCUCUGGUAGCACUCAAUGUCAUAUUUUAUCCAGAGUUGUUUCCGGACCCAACAAGUUAUCGGUCCACUCUGGAAGGAAAUCUGUAAAUACAUUCAAAGGAUCGAAAAAUUCUCAAGCAAACCAGAAGAACCAAUCGAGAGCUAUAAAAAUAAUACAGCAGGCUGGUACUGCUCACAAAUCUGAAAAUAAACCGUGGCCUUUAGCUAGCGUUACAUACAAAAGUCAAGCUCCAAGCUAUGGUAUAGUGGAGUCUAAUACUUCGAAAGUUAUACAGAAGAUUGGGAGUCCUACACAUAAAAAUCAGCAGACUAUGACUGUACAGAAAGUUCCCAAAGGUGAACGUCUCGUUCUACAAUCGCCUUGUGGACCAGUUUUAUUAUCUACAGGGCCCAUAAGCUCAAGUAUGCCUAAAGGUCCACAUUAUGUCCAAUCGGGUUCCACUCCAAACCUUAGAUAUGUCCAAACGUAUGGGCCGGACAAUCAGCUCUCUACAGUGUCCCAAGUGUCAGCCAAUCAGCAGUUAACUGCACAGAUCCUACAGUCUCUGGCUCAACCCAAACUGAUGUUGCAACAAUCUCUGACACCUCUACAUGCAAUAAAUCACAAACCUCUUCCAAUUAUUGCAAUUGAAGAACCAGUUGAAGCUAAAUCAGUGAAUCAAAAGAGGAUUGUGUUUGGGGAUAAAUCAACAUUAUUGACAGCAGAUGAUAUUAUUGGUAUGGAGGAAAGACCCAAUCUUUCUGAGGAGUUACGUCGAUAUUCCUUCCAAGCGCUAGCGUUUAUCAUGCUAGAUCACACAUAUGCCCUGCCCGUACAGAAACAGCCAAUCGUCAGUACACCGACUAGCACUGUAGCUUCCUUAUCACCAAUCAUAACAUCGACGAUUACGACGUCUACUCCAAUGAGUCCGUUAAAAAGUUCCCCCAUCCCAGUGACUUCGAUUUCUCAAGAGCUACCUCCAGUCAUACCAAUCAGUAUCGUUGGAGCUUCCAUACCAGUGACGUCCGUUCAACUCGGAGCUCUAACUUACAAGCCCCAGCUUCCUCCAUUGCCUCCUCAAGAUGAGGAUACUGCAUCUGUUAUAUCCUCAAUAGAAGGAGAAAGAAGACCUCCUGUUCCCGGUGGUAGUGAUACAGAGACUGCCCCAGAAGGAGAAGAAGAGGGGAAAACUAGAUGUAUUUGCGACUUUACACACGAUGAUGGGUAUAUGAUAUGCUGCGAUCGAUGCGGUGAAUGGCAACACGUCGAUUGUAUGGGAAUAGAUCGGAAUAACAUACCCGAUGCGUACAUGUGCGAGUUGUGCCAGCCGCGGCCUGUAGAUCGACGUCACGCUAGAGCCAUACAAUUGAGGAAGAGGGAAGAGCUAAGCGCGCUGGGUGCAUCAGAUUCGGACUCCUCGGAAUGUGGACGAGCACCAGGUCAAAGAAGAAAACGGUUAUUAACAGUCACCACAUAUACUAAUACGAGUGGAUCUUGUGUGACCACAUAUAACUCCAGUUUGCCUGUUCUACCACCUUUACCCCAACCCUCUCUAACCUUACCAAAGAGAGGUCCCAAACGCCCCAAAAAAGCAGAGAUAGCUAGAAAAGGCACUAAGAGAAAAUUAGCAGAAAAACGAGUGAAACGUAAGAAGGAGAUGAUGUUGAAUAGAAGCAAGUACAACACUAACAUGCCGACUCAAUCUCAUUGGCGGGACCAAUACGAACAGGCCGUGACGAACCACUACAGCCCCGAACUGCGCGCCAAGAUUAUGAAAUACAGCAGUAAGUUAGGCAGUACACCUAACAUGGCUGCAGCAGUAACUGCGCAUUUAUGUACGACCGUGCCUCACGCGGGCGGCAAAAUACUUAUCGCGACAAAGGAUCUUAAGGACAACUCUCCCGUUAUAGAACUGAGAGGCAAAUACAUGCUGUCGAUCCAGCACAGGCCCCAGUUACAAAACUCAGCUAGAGCCGGAAGUCAAAAACCUGGUCCAUUCGUAUUUUUCUACAGAUUACCGAAGGAUAACACGCAAAUAUGCAUAGACACAAGGACGUACGGGAACGAAGCGAGAUUCGUCCGCCGUUCUUGCAAGCCUAACGCUGAAUUACAGCAUUGCAUAGUUAAAGGGGCUUUACAUGUUUAUAUUGUGACAAUAAGCGAUAUUCAAUCCAACACUGAAAUCACAGUUGGACACGACACGAACGGUAGCAAGCAGCCUUGCGCUUGUGGUAAUCCUAAACAUUGUAAAGUAAAUGGAAUAAGUCCUUUGGUCACCAGAAAAAGCGUGGAUUACACACAGAGAGAAAAGAGAAGUAGGAACAGGUGUUUCAGUGCAUCUUCGCCUGUAUCGCCUCCUUUAACUCCCCUCGUGACGACUCCUAUAAUGGAUUUACCGUCACCAUUUGGCGUCGUUAAAACUGAGAAGAAAUCGCCCAUAAAACACGAGUAUCCUCCCAUGUCGCCGGUCAAACAACCUUUACUCUCUCCAGACUUCCCUGCCCCUGUGAAAUUAGAACCGUUAUUCAUGAAGCACGAAAAAGAGGAAGAAUUUGACUUGACAGCAAAAGAAGAAAUGAAACCGGAACUUGAUGAACCAGAUUAUGUUAAAAUUGAACAUAAAAUGGAAGAGCAUAUUGAACAACCGGAAGAAAAAAUGGAGUUAGAACCGGAACCUGAAACAGAAGCAAAAAUCAUUUCAGAUACAAAAAUUGAAGAACAUGAAAUCAAAGAGGAAGAAAUUUUGCCUCCUCCGGUGGUUGAGGAGAAAAUUGUGGAACCUGUAAAAGAAAUUGUGAAACCAAUUAGAGAAGUCGUGAAACCAAUAAAAGAAGUUGUGAAACCAAUAAAAGAAAUCAUUAAGCCUGUCAAAGAAAAUGUGAAGCCCAUAAAAGAAAAUGUUAAGCCUAUAAAAGAAAAUGUGAAGCCUGUAAAGGAAAUUGUAAAACCGUCAAAAGAAGUGAAACCGGUUCUAGUAGAACCUAAAAUAGAACCUAAAGCAGAAGCGAAAAUUGAACCCAAAUUGGAACCUAAAGUGGAACCAAAAGUGGAACACGAGAGACCAGUCACUAGGGAGCUAAGUGCUAAGUCUGCUUGCCAUGACAGGUCAUCAAGAUCGAGUCGGACCACUUGCGUCAAUCAAGACUCCUUGGACGAUAAAACUGACGAUUCGCAAGACAAAAUCACUGCAGCCAAUAAGGAAAAAGAAAAACGGAAAAUGACUCGAGAAGAACGUAAAAUGGAAGCAAUAAUGAAGGCCUUCGAAAGGAUGGAAAAGGCUCAACAAAGGAAACAGGAAGUGAGGGAAAGGCAAAAGCGAAGGGAGUCGGAUCCACACCCGACUAACAUUGAAAAGGAUGACGAUGACGAUUUACACUGCAGCUCUAAAAAGAGAAAGAAACGUAAAGGCCGCGCGCGCACAGCAUCUCAAUCUAACAGACGUCGACUCAACUCAGCCGACAGUGAUAUGGUAACAUCGGGAGAUGAGGCUGGACCGUUAUCUCCUCGAGGCCCGAUACAAGCCGAACAGCCCUUACCCACCCCCGAGGCUGAAAUACCACAUGAACCGGUCAACGAGGACCUCGGCCUAAGUUCCGCGUGCCUUCUCGUCGAAGCCGCGGUAGGUUCCGUAGAAUCUGCGUUCAAGCUUCCCAAGACAAAGAAAACCAUGGCAACCGAAUGGAUCGGACGUUCUCCCGAGCGAACCCCAUCCCCAUACCAAUCUCCAUACAGACCUUCGUUAGUUUCUGCUCCAUCACUAGAAAGCCUAGUCCGAGUUGCUUCUACCAUGAUUGGUGAUCUUAGUGGAACUCAAGAGUACCAUGAUGAAGAGCAGCAGCCUCCGUCUCCUCCCCGAACUCCUGGAAGGGAGAGGAAUAGACCUCCGAAGAAGGCUAAAAGGGUUACCAGAAGCACCCCAACAGUGGAAGUCCCUGAAGCGAUUCCAGUGCAGCACAGUGCUAAGAAACGUUGGUUGCGACAAGCAAUCAGUGAGGAGAGCGAUUCGCCGAUAACGGAUGCAUUUGUUUCAGAAUCCCCUCCUAACGAAAUGGUGACUCCAUUGAAGAAAAGACGCAUGGCGCGAGAAUCUUUGUCAUGCGAACAGAAUACUGUCACUUGUAACGACGAGACAUCACCAGUAUUGACAUCUGAGGACUCGCCAGUCAAAGAAGACGCGCUGUUAUUAGCGCGUCAAUACAAACGGAAUAUAAUGGAUAUGUACAGUCGAGAUCGGACGCGCUCUGAUAGUGGACAGGGCUCCGAUGACCAGUGCAACAUAGAUCAUGACGUAUUAAAUGUCAACAUAAGAGGCGUUCAUAACCAAGAACAUAUAAGGAGAAUCAUUGGGGUACCUCCAACACCUGAAGAGGAAAUGCCUCCUGAGAUAACCAAACCGGAAGAUGUUUUAACAAAUAAUAACAAUUUGGAACCAGACGAGGGAGCUUACAAUAAUAAAGUUGUGCCAAUGGAUAUAGAUACGACAGUAGUAACGCAAACCAAAAUAGAAUCAAAUGAAAGCAUAACAGAAAUCAAAGAUUUAAAGGACAUAGAGAGCCCGAAUGAUAAAGUACACAGUUCUCAAUCGGCUGAUACAAGCGGCAGCUCAUCUCCACAAAGGGAUGAAAUGGACGACAUCCAGAAGAAAAUACACUCAUUUCACACUGAAAACAUACAAAUACUGAAGAGUAGAAAUAAGAAACCGCCUAAAGAGAAGCGAAAGAAGGUUAAUUUAAAUUUUGAUCUUAAUAUGGUAGACGAUCAGAUCAGCAUACAGUUACGCACGGAUGAUGAUACGAGUUCAAAAUCUCCUGAAAUCAAUGGGGAUAUACACGAGGAGGCAAACUCUCACGAGGAUGUGAAAUUACUUGUUUCGCCAGAGAACAUACCUCUACCUCCAGUAGAGUCGAUACCGCUGCCUGCGCCGGAAAAUAUACCGCUACCGGAAGAAACUAGUCCGAUAGUCAUGCCUUCUCCGGAAACGAUACCACUACCAGAAGAGCCUAUGAAACCUGUUGUUGUUGAAACUGUGGUGGAAAAAAGGGAUGAAAUCGUUGCGGAAAAGGAGGACAGGCCGUCAUUGCUCGAUAACACCCUGCCGUUUUCGACUCGAUUCAGCUCGACGGGUUUGUUCUCGGGGAUCUUCAGUAACAUGUCGCAUUCGUUCAAAGUGGACACGACGAUAAACGAGAACAUACCGAACAUGUCGUUGAUAAAGAGUGCGAUAGAUCGGACAACCAGUUUGGACGCGGGGUUGUUUGAAGCAUCGAGCCCGGCGGACGAGUUGCGUAGUGUUCAAGAGCUGUUGACUCGUGUCAGUAAUAUGGACAGCAAUAACAGCGUGCUGCUGUCUGGCGUGCUGCGAGGCACGACGACGGCGCCGCGGCCCUGCGCGCGCUCCGACCCGCGCCUCAACCCCCCACCGCAAGACAAGCCCAAACCCGUCCGGAGAAAGCUCUCUAUCAGCGAGUACCGCAAGCGGCACCUGGGCGCGGCGGCGGAAGAAGGCGGCGGCGCGGGCGGCGGGUCGUCGGGCGAGGGCGGCGAGUGGUCGCGCGGCUCGUCGGGCUCGGCCUCGCUGUCGCCGCAGCGCCUCGACGCGGCUGCGGCGGCGGCGGCCGACGAGCUCGAGCAGCGCCUGCACAGGGACCUCAACGUGCAGCUACCGAAGGGCGUUUUCGACGCUCAGCCCACGGCGUCGGAGCGACAGCGCGAAAACCUGAGCUCUCGACUGCGGCGAGAGUUCGGCCUCGCGCUGCACGACGACGACGACGCGCGCCUCGCCGACACCGACGCGGUGACGAAGCGCUGCGACAGGUAGAGGCGCGCGGCGCGGAAGUAUUUUUGUAAAUCUCACGCGACGCCGGGCGGCGCACUUGUAAUAUACACUUUUAUAGACGAUUCGGUUUUAUUGUAUUGUAUUAUAUGUUCGGUUUCGUGUCCAGUGCGAGAACGCCCUACGAUUGACCGCGGGCGGUUAUUCCCCGCAGCGUUUUGCGGUUCUAUGAAAAAAACGAGCGAAGCUGCGAACGCACUGGCGAUGUUCCACCGCGGCUGAUUUUAAACACGCGACUUUGAUAUUGACGCGCAGAAUAAAACCACGCACCGAUUUGUAAUACACAAUUGAUCUCUAAUGAAAUGAUGAGCGGUUUGAAAUCGCGAGUGCGCGCUCUGCGGUUGUGUGCCCCUGGGACCGCGGGAGAAAACCGUAGUGCGUUCUAGCACUUUUUAAUUUUUUCUUCAUUUUCACGGUUUUUCUGCAAGUACAAAUUGUUUUUAUUUCCCCUCUGUACAUAUUGUAUAUAGGAGAGUUAUAUGUAUAAGGUAAUUUUACGGUACGUAUAGGUAAUAUAAUGGUAUAAUUAAUUAAAUAUAAUAUUAUUGAAUAGAGAAAAGAUUUUUAUAUGUGUACACACAGUGUUUUAUGUAUCAUUGCGAUAUGUUUAUUUAUUGAAUAUAUUGGAGAUUCGAAGGGGUUGUAUUGUAUGUCGAAUUGGCUAAUAAGAUUUUUGUACGCAUAAUGUAAGUAAAUUAAAAUUAUUGUUUUUAUUUUAUUUUAUUCGUUUAACUAUUUUCUCUUUUACUCUUAUACAAUGAGUACAGACUCGAUUGUGCACCAUCCGUUGAUUACGUCAUAAUCUAAAGUGGAAUUUACAUAACGACGUUAGUGGCACGAAAUUAGUGUCACGAUAGUAAAAUUAAUGUCGUGUCACCUAACUUCGUAAUGUAAAUUCCGCUUAAAUGAAAGGGUGUAAACAUGUGACAAAUUUAAAGGAAGGGAAACAUCUCAACAUUUGUGAUAUCAUAAUGAUAUGAACUUUUGUAAUAUUGAAUAUGAUGUCACAAAUCAGCUAUGACAUUCAAAUCAUAACACUCAAUUGCUAAUUAUGAAAUUUUACUGGACAGUUCUUGUAUUCAAAUAGUGUAAAAUUUUAUGCCACAGUGCAUUUUGAUGAUUUCAAUGUCAUAUACUAAGCCUAGAUGUUGAAUACAUAAACUAUAUUUAUUGAAAAUAUUCUAGAUGAAUUAUUAUAUUGUUAUACCAAAAUGUCACAUGUUUACAAUUUUUGUUGUAUGAAUAUUAUGACGAAUUCAUGUGUCAAAUGAACUAGCAUAGAAACACAUUAUUAACACGCCACGCGAGACUUUGAAUCAAAAUUACUACGAUGUCAUUUGACGCCACACGCGUGGCUUUUUAGUGUGUCUCCAUCUUAAGUGUGACGUAAUCAAAGCAUGGUCCCUUAGGCUCCGUUUACAUGGCAUUAACACCGCACGGUUGUUUGCAGGAUGCAUCCUACCGAAUACGUAGUAAUGCAUACUGAGCCUGAGAUUUAUAGAGCGUAGCGUGACUUUGCUCAGACUUAAGACACAUAAAAUGAGAUUGCGUUAUAUCGCUGACAUAAAUCUGUCUCGUUUUAACGGAAAUUUACUCAAACCGUUCAGACGGUUAAAAGUGUACUUUUUUUUUGCAGUGCCAACCCUAUGCGAAUGGUUAUUAUUAUUAUACUUUAUGUAUGUGCCACUACGUAUUCGGUAAGGUUAUUCCUGCAAAAAACGUGCCGUGCAAAUGUUGUGUAAACGGGUUCUUACGUGUAGGUCUCUUGUUAGUGUAGAUUUCCUUGUGUAAUUUAGUGUCGAUACAGAUUCGCAUAAGCCAUUCUUAGACGUAAAUACGUGUCAUAUAUGUAA